AUGAAGCCCUUGCGACCUUCCGUUUCGGUGAUUCUUUUCUUCAUGUUGUCCACAAUCAAGACUUUCUCCUCGGCGUUUCCCUCCUCGUCAGCUGGUCUAAGGAGGACGAUUCAUGGCACAACACUCGAUUCUCGGACUCCUCCAAAGUCUGACGGGUUCAUGAUACUCACUGAAUCCGCUGCGAAGAAUCAGCGAUCUACAGAGACGAAACUGAACUAUGCUUCCUCUUCCAUACGAGAGGUUGUUCAAGGAUCGUCGCUUCGUGUCUUUCCCUUUUCAUCCUCUCGCACAUCUCGCAGCCUCCGCAUUGACAUGAUGACUGAUGGUCGUCCCUUGGAAGCUAGGGUAGAACUGUGGCAUGGUCCGGAUCAUUGUCCUCAGAAAGUCCGCGUCUAUUCCGAAAAUGGAUAUGAUCGACCCUUUCGUGCUUGCAUUGAGCCACCAUCAGGGGAUUCCAACUUUGCAGUUGCCAUUAAAAAUACUGGGAAAAACUUUGAAUUUCCGCUUGCCGCGUCGGUCCAGGACUUGGAGGCAAUGGAUGAAGCCGAUGCCAAUCCCUUUUAUGAUUCCCAGCUGUUGUUGGAGGAUGGUGACGACAGUUACGGAAACGUUCUUUCUCGCACUAACGGUCGGGUCAUUCAAGGUGGAGCCAUUCGAUCCUUCAACUUUGCGCCAAAGGUAGACAAGAUUCAAGUCUUGUUGGAAACUUCGGGAUUGCCUCUGUGUGCACGAAUCGAAAUAUCACAAGGUCCCGACAGCAACAAACAGGUCAUGGACAUUUUUUCAGAAGAUGGAAAACAGUUUCCACUCUACUUGGCCAUUGAUUUGCCCCAUUCUUCUUCUUCGUCGUCUAUUACUGCUACGACUAGUUCCCCAGUCAGCAGCGUGGAUGGACAGGAGCAUGUCAUGAGAAUCAUUAACGCCGCUACAAUGGAAUACCCAAUUAAGGUGUGGACAGACUCUUACACCACUGUCGGUUCAAAUGAUAAUGCAGCCUCAAGCAGAAUCGUCGAAACAAGGCGGCUUCUGGAGGCAAGCAUGGACGAUAACACCAAUAUCCCUGCAUUGCGAGUGCCAAACGUUGAAGAGUCAAAAUCCUAUCGCAAUACUUGGUGA